AUGGCUGAAUCCUUCUCCGUCGGUUCGAUGCAACGAUUCGUACGAGUUGUCAAAGAAACCCCAACCAGAACCGAGGACCACUACGGCCAAGCCAACUUCCUUUGCCACAAAAACGGCCUCAUCAAUACCCGAGCUAUCAUUUGUAUCCAAGGUGUCAACCCCGGCAACGAAUUUUACAUUCUCAGCACCAAGUUCUUGCUCGAGGCUACGGCGGAAAGUGUUACCAUAAGUCGGUUCAGCUGCGUUGUUUGCGGCGUAUUGCCCGGUGUUGAGAAUAUCGGCACAAGGGACCAAUAA